AUGAGGACCAAUAUCUCGACAUUGCGGAAUGUUAUAGCUUUGGCGGGUUUUGCCCGUGCGCAGUUUCAAGACUUCUUCAAUAUCACAGAAUUUCCAAAGGAGCAAAAUAUCAACGUCACAAAGUGGAUGAACGAAGCACGUACGCUUGCAGGCCUAGAUCUCUACCCGUACUUUGCACACCGCUGCAUCCUUGGCCAAGUCUACCCUGAGCUUUCCUCCGCUACACAGAUACCAGGGUUUAUUGCCCCUCACAAGGUUUUUGACCGAUUAUACUACAUUGGACAAAGCGCUGUCUCGGCAUGGGCUUACAAUACUGGUGAUGGCCUGAUUGUCUUCGACGCUCUCAACAAUGCUGCUGAGGCCGAGGGCAUCCUGAUCCCCUCUCUCUCGACACUUGGAUUCACUGCCAGCGAUAUCAAACAUCUUGUCAUUACCCAUGAACAUUUUGAUCAUUAUGGAGGGGCCCGAUGGCUCCAAGACAACUUUUCUUUCUCCACAUAUGCUUCGGCUGCGGCUUGGGAAACUCUAUCGCAAAUUGAGGACGGACCGAUCAAGGACAAAACCAUCUCGGAUGGUGACCAGCUGACGAUCGGCAACGUUACGUUCAAUUUCUUCGUGACACCAGGUCAUACGCCGGGCACUGUGUCGACAAUCUUUGAGGUAUCUGACAAUGGCGCAAAGCAUAUCGCAGGCUUCUACGGCGGUGUUGGCAUUCCAAGCAGUGCGUCAGCCAAAGACCAGCAAGUCGUGUCCUUGAAUCGGUUCGCAGACCUGGCAAAGCAGGCGGGCGUGGAUACACUCAUUGCCAACCACCAGAACCAAGAUCGUGCGCUCUAUCACUUCGAUCUCCUGGCUCACAGACAAGAUGGUACUGAACACCCAUUUGUGAUCGGCACAGACGCCUUCGAUCGAUAUCUGAAAGUGAAUAAACUGUGUGUGAAGGUUAAGGCUGCUAGAGAUGGGCAGUUUCUACAAACCUAG